AUAGCAGUUGUCGAUAAGUAAAAAUAAAAAAGUUACGAUUCCUUGCAUUCUCAUUUGCCAAGAAUUCUAAUAAUUUUGAGAACUUCGGCAAAUCUGAUAACCUUUAAACUGUAUCAAUUUUAUGUUCAGACAUUACACAUAACAUCAUCAUUGAUGGUUUUCAAGUGGUAAACAGGUGCAAUGAUUUCUAAAAUAUAUACAGAACAAAUACUCCACUGAUAAACUUAUUCUGAAAACGAAUAAAGUAAAAUGUAUAAAACCACAAAGAAUUUUUCAAUAAACAGCAGUCGUUAGGCUUUGGACCUCGCUGCGGCAUUUCUAGUUUAAUAUUGAAAAACAAAAUAAUGAAAAUUUUUAUUGUUUUAUUGGCCAUUGUUGGCUUGGUGACCUGUUCUAGCGUGGUCGACAAGAAGUUCCGAAUUGCUGAUAAGGAGUUCUUGGCUAAACAAAAGUUCCUUUUUGAAAUAGUUUAUCGUAUUGAAGAUCCCUUAAUGUUUGAGGAAUGGAUAAAGAUGGGAAAGUCUUUCGUUUUCGACAAAUCUGGCUACACUCACUAUGGCGUUUAUAUGGAGAAAUUCUAUGAAGCGUACAAAUAUAAUGCCCUCUUACCCAAAGGGGAAUUCUUUGGUGCCCUGGUAAAGACCCACCUUAAGCAAGCUUAUGGUUUGUUUGAAUUCUUCUACUACGCCAAAAACUGGGAAGUUUUCCAGAGCAACGUUGCCUGGGCUCGCAUGCACUGCAACGAGGGCAUGUUUAUCUAUGCUUUAACUUUAGCCGUUAUUCACCGUAACGAUUUUCAGGGCUUGAUUUUGCCAUCAAUACAUGAAAUUUUUCCACAAUAUUUCUUCAACAACAAAUUUAUUUACGCAGCUGAAAAAUUCGACUACCAAGUCUGGAGUAAAUAUAUCAUGUAUGAAAAGGAAUACAAGGAUAUUCUCUAUAAGGAAUACGCUAAUCAUGACAACCAAUACUAUUUCCUCACAAAGAACUGGAAGAUGUGGCAGUGGUGGAAAAUGAUGGGUUUGGGCGAACACUGGUACUCUGAGGACCACUUUAUGUUGCGCGAAAAUAUUAGUGAAUACUAUAGGGAUCCAAAAUUCUUAGAAAUUUGCAAAAGUACCAACAUAUUCUUCAUGCCGGUUGAUUAUACUCGUGAUAUUGAAUUUUUUAACAAAGAAUCAGCUUUGUCUUACUUUACCGAAGAUGUUGGUUUGAACGCUUAUUGGUACUACCUUAACAUGGACUACGCUUUCUUCUUAGAUGGCAAAACAUACGGUUUGAACAAGGAUCGUCGAGGUGAAUACUGGUUAUACAAUGUUCGUCAAAUUUUGUCUCGUUACUACAUGGAACGUUUGUCUCACGGUUUUGGUGAAAUUCCCGAAUUUUCCUACUUCAACAUCAUCGAGUACGGUUACAAACCUCAACUGGUUUACCACAAUGGUGUUGGUUACUCUUACCGCAAGAACUACUACGAAGUUGAAAGCUACGGAAAAUUCGACUACUACUACAAGGUUAUGGACUUUUUCAACCGUUUGGAUGAAAUCAUCACCAAGGGCGUAUAUGUCACCUACGAAGGCAAGACCAUCGAUUUGCGCAAACCCGAAUCCAUUGAAUAUAUUGGCAGCAUUAUGCAGGGUAACGUUGAUGCUUUUGACGAAUACUUCUUCAAAUACUGGUACAUGUUUGCCCAUAUGUAUUUCGGUGAUGUGAACACUAAGGAUUUCGAAGUCUUACCCCACGUUUUCUUGAACUACGAAACCGUGAUGCGUGAUCCUCUGUUCUACAUGUUCUACAAGAAGAUCGCUUCCGUCUACUACCAAUUCUUCUACUAUGUCAAACCCUACACUCACGAAGAAUUGUUGUUCCCUGGCGUCACCAUCAAGGACGUUAAAGUCAGUGAAUUGGUUACCUACUUUGAUUUGGUGGACUUUGAUGUUACAAAUUUGCUGAAUGAUGAAAUCACUUUCGUUGAUGGAAAAUUUGUUUGGGAUAAGACUUUGUUGGCUCGUCAAAUGCGCCUCAACCACAAGCCUUUCGACUUUGAAUUUACCGUUGAAUCCGACAAGGAACAAAAAGUUGUUAUCCGUUCCUAUUUGGCUCCCAAAUAUGAUGAAUUUGGUCGUGUUAUAACAUUGGCAGAAAACCGUGAAAAUGUCAUGGAAAUUGAUAGCUUCAUAUAUACCCUUAAGUCGGGUAUUAAUAAAAUAAUGCGCAUGUCUAGAGAAUGCUACUGGACUAUUGAAGAUCGCACCACCUACACCGAAAUGUAUAAAUAUGUAAUGCUUGCACUUGAUGAUAAAUACCAAUUCCCCUUAUACAUUAGCGAACCACACUGUGGUUUUCCUGAUCGCUUGAUCCUGCCACGUGGUUGGUACAAGGGUAUGCCUAUGCAACUCUUUUUCUACAUUUCACCUUUCACCGCUGACUAUGAACCCUAUUCCACUUACGACUACACUUACUCUUGCGGUAUUGGCUCUGGUGUUCGUCACAUCGAUGAGAGGCCCUUUGGCUAUCCCUUCGAUCGUGAAAUCGAUGAAUACGAAUUCUUUGUUCCCAAUAUGUACUUCAAGGAUGUUAAGAUCUAUCAUAAAGAGAUAUUUGAAAAAUAUUUCGAACAUAGAUAUGAAAAUUUCGGCCAUUUUGAUCAUGAAUACUUCCAUUAGUUAUUAGUUAAGGAAAAAUAUUAUGAAUAUAUAUUAAUUUAUUGUAAUUACUUCUUAAGUUAAUAAAUAUUAUAUCCAAAAAUUUACGAAA